GGAGGAAGAGAGAGAGAGAAGACAACAGCUAGGAUAGUUGCACACUGUUCAGCUGCCUUGCCCCGCGAACAUGGCGAUGAUUUUACAAUCCUUUUCUCUUUCUUCCACCUACAUGUGAAAAGGACUCCGCCCCAAGUCGCCCCCACGUUGGUGUCCCCGCAUAUUCCGAGGCUCUCUACACGACUCGGCCACCAUUUCUUUCGCCCUCCCUCCGACCAAGGAGCUUUCUUCUCCUUCUUGUCCCGCACGGGAAUUUCAAGAUUCCAGGUUCCCCCGCACGAUAAGUUCGACCGGGGCAGUAGAAAAGGUAAAGGCUUUGCUGAGUUUCGUCGAUUUGGCUGAUCUGGGCUCGCUGCAUUUGCCCCGUCUUGCACUCUGGUGAUCUCAGGGGAGUCGCAUCUGGAUCUUUUCUUGAGUGGGUAGUUCGAGGUGGCGUUUCUUGAUCUGCUUGCUGCUCGGGAUUUUCGAGUCUGUUCGUCUGGGUUUUCCUCCCAAGGACGCGUUUUCUGAGAAAAGGUCGGUAACUGGCGUUGUCCGCGGUUGACUUCUGAGGCUGGUUUUCGUGGAGUUUGGAGGAGAGCAUGAUUAGAUCGCGCUUGCCCCUUCGGUUUGUUUGAUGCAUUAGUGUUUGUUUAGUUUAGUUUAACUGGGAAUAUUGGGAGCUUUUGGUAUUGCUGGUGUUGAAAAUCUUUGGAGAUGAUGGAGUAGCACUUGGACAUUUCGUUUCUGAGGUGAAAGAUGGCAUCUAAAUCGCCUUCUCCAACUUCUUCUCCUUCCUUGGCCUCGCCUCCAUCCGCCACUCCCUCCAGUUCUUCGGCUAGUCCGCCCCCGCCGGCGGCGGCGGCGGCAUCUCCACCGCCCCAGUCUCCUUCCGCACCACCUCCUUCGCCACCCCCAUCGCCGCCGCCGCCAACAGCAGCGGCUUCACCGCCUCCGUCGCCUCCGGCAUCUCCCCCGCCCUCGCCUCCGGCAUCGCCCCCGCCAUCGACUCCGGCAUCACCCCCGCCAUCUCCCCCGCCAUCACCCGGCCGCCCCUCCCCGGCUGUGAACUCGCCACCUCCUCCAAAUGUGCCAUCGCCCCCACCACCAACCGUGAACGCCCCUCCCCCAGCCUCCCCGACGCCUCCGGCAGCGACUCCGCCCGCUUCGCAGCCUCCUCCUAGUCCCCCUCCUCCUCAGGCAGUUUCGCCAGCAACGAGUCCUCCUUCAGCCCCAUCGUCAAAAUCUCCACCUCCUCCACAAGCGAAGUCACCAUCGAGUUCCCAUCCGCCUCCACCACCAGCUAGUCCUAAAACUUCUCCAGCUCCAACAGCAAAUUCACCACCAGCGGCCACGUCACCUCCUUCCUCGUCUUCCUCUCCACCGCCGUCACCUCCUCCUCCUCCUCCCAGCAAUUCAUCGGCAGCUGGAAGUCCGAAUUCAUCACCAUUACCUUCCAUUCCCACAGAAAAGCCAACGGCGAGAUCUACUAAUGGUACAAAUGCAUUGGCGAAUUCCACAUCCACGGACACGGGGGGGCUAAAGACUGGUGGAGCCGUGGCGAUUGGCCUGGUAGUUGGGUUCCUGGUUCUGAGUCUUCUUGUCAUGGCUGUGUGGGUUGCGAAGAAACGGAAGAGACGGGGUCCUCAGUCAAAUGUUGGAUACAACAUGCCUUCUCCCGUUGCCUCCUCCCAAAACUCAGAAUCAUUAUUUUUAAAGUCCCAAUCGCCAAUUAUGCCAGUAGGAAGUGGUUCUGGCAGCAAUUUCAUGUAUUCACCCUCGGAGCAAGGAGGCAUGAACAACUCAAAGUCAUGGUUCACAUAUGAUGAGCUAGCUCAUGCGACUGACAAUUUUUCAGCCCACAAUCUUUUGGGAGAAGGUGGAUUUGGUCGUGUAUACAAAGGUGUGUUGGUAGAUGGAAGAGAAGUUGCAGUGAAGCAGCUUAAGAUUGGCAGUGGACAAGGAGAGCGAGAGUUUAGAGCAGAGGUCGAGAUCAUUAGCAGAGUGCACCACCGUCAUUUAGUUUCAUUGGUGGGAUACUGUAUAUUGGAGCACGAUAGGUUGCUCGUCUAUGAUUAUGUUCCAAAUGACACCCUUCACUACCAUCUCCAUGCUGAAGGCCGGCCUGUUAUGGAUUGGGCGACUAGAGUGAAGGUUGCUGCUGGUGCUGCUCGUGGAAUAGCUUACCUCCAUGAAGAUUGCCAUCCCCGCAUAAUACACAGGGAUAUAAAAUCCUCGAACAUCCUUCUUGACAAGAACUUUGAAGCUCAGGUCUCAGAUUUUGGUCUUGCAAAAUUAGCAUUGGAUUCAAAUACACAUGUUACAACACGAGUCAUGGGAACCUUUGGAUACAUGGCUCCAGAGUAUGCAACUAGCGGAAAGUUGACUGAAAAAUCUGAUGUUUAUUCCUUUGGGGUUGUUCUUUUGGAGAUGAUUACCGGACGCAAGCCUGUAGAUGUCUCUCAGCCACUUGGUGAUGAGAGCCUGGUUGAAUGGGCCCGACCAUUGCUGACUCAAGCACUUGAAGAUGAGGACUUCGAGGCAUUGGUAGAUCCGAAGCUACAAAAACAGUACAUUGAAAGUGAGAUGUUCCGAAUGAUAGAGGCGGCUGCAGCUUGUAUUCGGCAUUCAGCCACAAAAAGGCCGCGUAUGAGUCAGGUCGUUAGGGCUUUAGAUUCAUUGGACGAAUUGUCAGAUCUCAGCAAUGGAAUGAGACCAGGGCAAAGCGAAAUCUAUAAUUCAAGAGAGCAGUCUGCGCAAAUCAGGAUGUUCCGGCGGAUGGCAUUCGGUAGCCAAGACCAUAGCACUGAUUUUUUUGACAGAACUCACAGCAGCUGGAGGAGUCGUGGGUCUACUACUGAUCAGAGUAUGUAGUCAGACUCAUGAGUCCCGAAACGAACUGGUCCCAGGGGUUGAUUCUCAGGCAAGUACAAACAGAACAACUAGUUCCAAGCGAUGCUCAAUUGUGAAAACCCAACGCGGGAUUAGGAGCCGUUUAUUGCAUCUCCUGGGAAUGAGGCAACACCCCUGUAGAAUCUCGUGAACUACAACAUUCUUUAUCCCGCCGUUUUGCUCUUCCUGCUCCGCGAUGAUUUUGUUAGGAAGGGCCGUUUAUUGCUUAGAGUGUUUGGUUCAGCAUUUGAUUUAGCAAUUGGUUUUAUUGUAUUCAUCUUUAAUUCAUGUUUAUAUAUAUAUACACAUACACAUGAGCUCUUUUGCUGAUUCUUGCAUUGUUCA